AAUUGAUGCCCUUACUUGAUGAUUAACAAAUGAGUUCAGGUUUCUGCAGAAUAACAAAUUUGUUAAUGCAUUGCCGGCAAGAAUCAUGGAUAUGAAGGAGCUGAUAAAAUUCGAUGUUCGAGGGAACGACUUGAAUGGACGAAUCCCAGAUUCUAUUGACCAACUACUGAACCUCCAAUACUUUAGGGUUCUGAUUGGGAACAAGUUUGAAAGCCCUCUGCCUGCUGAAAUCUCAAAUUUGACAAAACUUGAAUAUUUGCUUGUAAGUGAUUUAAAUGGAGGAGGGUUUGAGUUUCCUGAUUUUUCAAAGAUGAAUUCCUUGAAAUAUCUGACAUUGAGGAAAUGUUUGCUUACUGGCCCUAUUCCUGAUACAAUUUGGAAGCUAAAUACUCUGUAUUAUCUGGACUUGAGUUUCAACCGUUUGUUUGGUGAAAUUCCAAAAGAUGUUUCCAGCCGACUACCAGAAUACAUAUUUCUCCGAGGAAAUGAACUGAAUGGGACAAUUCCGGCAUGGAUAAUGAAUUCGACUAGGCAUAUCGACGUAUCUGAAAAUCUGUUCACAAACAAUGUCACAGAAAUUAAAAAUUCAAACUCAUCAAACCUGAACUUGUUCUCAUGCCUCAAGUCCGAUGAAAUGGCUACACAUUGGGAACAAGUUGGCUAUAGCUGCAGCAAGAAAGAACACUUGUUAGACCAUCUAUAUAUAAAUUGUGGUGGUGAAUCAAUGCCAAUCAAUGGAACUAAUUAUGAAGGUGAUCUGACUUCAAAUGGAAGUUCAACUUUCUUUAUGAGUAGCAGUUCAAGUUGGGGUUUUAGUAGCAUGGGAACUUACCUAUUAUCAAGACCCUGGAUUGACACAUACAUAAUCAACAAUACAUGCAUUGCUGGUGUUGAUGAUGGACCUCUUUACAGUACAGCACGUGUAUCCCCAAUCUCCUUGAAGUAUUAUGGAUUUUGUUUAAGAAAUGAUAAAUACACUGUGAAACUUCACUUUGCUGAAUUAGUUAGCAAUGAUUACAAAGCCCCAUAUAUCAAAAAAUCUGGCCGUGUUUUUGAUGUGGAUAUCCAGGGGAAGAAUGUACUGGAAAAUUACAACAUAGAACAAAAAGCAGAGGGUGUAAAUAAGGCUUGGACUGAGGAAAUAAAAAAUGUUAUAGUUAACAAUAGUAAACUGGAGAUUCACUUAUAUUGGUCAGGGAAGGGUUCAUCGGAAGUGCCGACAGAUCACUAUGGUCCCCUUAUAUCCGCAAUUUCUGUAUAUCCUUCUAUAGAGAGUGGUAUGUCUCCUCCAAAGAUGGCUGCAAUCUCAUUAUCUGCCUUACUUCUUCUGAUAGUGUUGAUAGUUUAUUUCUGGAAAAUGGAAGACAAAUCGCAUGAAGGAGUGGUUGAGUUGUAUCCUGGAGGAUUUUACAACUUCCGAAAACUAAAAGCUGCUGCAAAGAAUUUCAAGGACAAACUUGGUGAGGGUGGCUUUGGAACUUUCUAUGAGGCUACACUUGGCAAUGGAACUGUCGUUGCAGUUGAAAAGGUUUCAGCAACAAAAGAUAUAAUUCGUGCAUUUAGGGAGAAGGAUUCUACGAUUUCUCUCAUGGAACAUCCGAACCUUGUAAAGUUAAUAGGAUGCAUUGCAGAGAAGAAUCAACUGUUGCUUGUUUAUGAAGAUAUAGGUCGUAAUUCUCUUCAAAAUGCACUUUUUGGUUCAAACAGGUCGAAAUUAGAUUGGGCAACAAGGCGCAACAUUUGCCUUGGCAUAGCAGAAGGUCUAGCUUUUCUUCAUGAGUGCAAGCAGAAAAUUGUCCAUGGAAAUAUCAAACCAACCAGCAUUUUUCUUGACGAACAUCGCAAUGCAAAGAUAUCUGACUUUGGAUUUUCCAGACUCCAUGACCAAGGAAAGUCGCGGUUGGAAGGAACAGUGGUAUACAUGGCGCCUGAAUACGCAAAAUAUGACCUCUUAACAACAAAGGCAGACGCGUAUAACUUCGGAGUUCUUGUACUCAUAGUUGUCAGUGGAAUGAAAGAAAAGAUUUCAAUGUCUAGCAGUGGGGUUGACACUGAGUACCUUCCAGAUGUGGCAGCACGCGAAAAGCAUAGAGAAGGACAUUUUAUGAAUCUAGUUGAUAGAAGCAUGUCUAAUACCGUCGAUUGGGAACAAGCAGAUACAAUGUUAGAAUUAGCAAUGUUGUGCUUGGACCAGUACCCAGAUCAAAGACCGACCAUGACUCAAGUUGUGAAGGUUCUAAAGGAAGAGCUUGAAUUGAAGGAUCUAAAGGAAAGAUUAAAGCAGCUUACUUCUGGCAGAUAUCGGCCUGAACCAUAUGGUGAGAUUUCCACAGCUGAAGACACAACUUGGCAUACAAAAUCAGCGACCACUUCACGGGGUGGAGUGACAGAUACCCAAAUUUCUGCUUCUCCCAGCACUAGCAGAUCUGUUUGAAGAAAUACAAAUCUAUGCUAGUUCUCAGUUCUGCUGAAAUGAGUGGUUUUCCGAAUUGAAUUAAGUUUGCUUUCUGAAAUUCACAAGUGAUGGUGCUAAUUAAUGUCCCUUAUCUGAAAAUAGUCCUAAAAGAAUUUCAGAGGGCAGCAUGUAGAUACAAGCUGCCAAAGGAAUUAAGUCAGCCCUCUGAAAUUCUUUUAGGACAAUUUUUCAGAUAAGGGAACUUUAUAGCACCACAAUCACUUGUGAGCUUCAGAAUAUAUAUGCAGUGGUUUCCUGUUUUCAGUUCCUGCUAGUAGUGGUGUAUUAUGUUUGCUUUUGUGAAAUAGUUGUGCUAUAUGGCAUGCAUGCAGCAUGUACAGUGCUAUUAUUAAUAUUUCGACUUUGUAAAUUGUUUGUGUGAUAUGAUGUGUGUUUCAGACUUUCAGCCCAAGUUAAUGAAAGCUUUUGUGGAUUGAGACA